AUGACCUCUUCUUUCGAUGUGGAAGCUGCGCGGGUUCAUUUCCCUGCCCUGCAGCAAGAGCAGGUGUUUAUGGACAAUGCAGGAGGCAGCCAAGUGCUGGGGUCAGUGGUGGAAUCCAUUUGCUCGUACAUGAUCAAUACGAACGUCCAGCUUGGCGCAACCUACAAGGUCUCCCAAGCAUCCACCGAGGGAUUCUCGAACGGAUACAAAGCAGCUGCCAGCUUCAUUAAUGCCCAGCCAGAAGAGAUCAACAUCGGCGUUUCGACCACCCAGUUGCUGCACAAUCUGUCUACGGCUCUGCAGUUUCAGCCAGGCGAUGAAGUGAUCGUGUCCAAGCUGAACCACGAGGCCAACUCUGCGCCAUGGGUUCGCAUCGCCGAACGGCUGGGCCUGACGGUCAAGUACUGGUCGUCUUCGCACCCGACGAACCCAACGUGCGAGGUGGCCGAGUUGAAGACGCUGCUGUCGGAUCGCACCCGGCUGGUGACCUGUCCUCAUGCCUCGAACAUUACCGGGACCAUCAGUCCGAUCCGGGAGAUCGCCGACGCAGUUCAUGCGCACCCACGCGCCUUGCUGUGCGUGGAUGGAGUGGCUCUCGUGCCCCAUCGUCCUGUUGAUGUGAAAGCGCUUGACGUGGAUUUCUACGCGUUCUCUUGGUACAAGGUAUACGGCCCCCACCUGGCGCAACUAUAUGCCUCCUCGCGGGUCUUCGACCAGAUCCAGUCGCUGGCGCACUUCUUCAAGCCGACCGAUACCCUGGACCUGAAGCUCAACCUUGCAUCGGCCAACUACGAGCUCACAAAUAGCAUCCCCGCGGUGGUGGAGUAUUUCGGAGCGGAGCCCAGCAAGACCUGGGCGGAAAUGGCAGCGCAUGAGGAACGACUGCAGGCGAUUUUCCUCGAGUUUCUGGCCUCGGAUGCGCGCAUUACCAUUAUCGGUGACCCUUCGGCGCAGCGAGACGUGCGGGUGCCGGUGAUUAGUUUCACGGUGCAGGGGGUUGGCAGCCAGCAACUCGUGGAGGCGGUUGAGGGGCGAUCGGCAUAUGGCUUCCGCAGCGGCCAUAUGUACAGUCACCGACUGCUGAAGGAGGUGUGUGGGUUGGCGGACGUGGAAGACGGGGUGGUGCGGGUAAGCUUCCUGCAUUACAACACCAAGGCGGAGGUGCAGGGCCUGGUGAAGGUGCUGCAGGAGGUGCUUGCAUAG